GGUCUUGCAUAUUUUACGCCACACCUGUAUUGAAUUUGCGAUUCGGCGUACAGCUAUAGUGUUUUAUUGUUUUAUUUUAAUAACAGUUGGUGUUAAUAUGUACAAUUUGUCAUAAUAAUACAGCAAGAAAAUAUAUUUUACUCUAACUUUAAGUUUUAAUGUAAAAAAUAUUGGAAGUACUUAUCAAACUUAGAAGCAGUGAUUUUCAAAUCGAAAGUAGAAAACAUGUGCACUUGUUGUUUAUACACAAUUCCAGUCUUGUUAGACACAGGUCGUCUGCAGAAGAGGUGUUGAUGAAUCCCGGCUUCACCUGUACUGCCGCUAUAUGUCCCAACAAUAACGGUGUCCAUGUAUCCAAAGGAUGUACUGUGAUCAAUCUGUGUCCUCCACAUCUUCAGUGCCAACACGUUAUUCCGAAACGUUUCCUGGAUAAGGAGGAGACAAGAAAUAUUUAACGUUGACAUCGACAUGAAUAAGCAAUCCAGCGGCGUUAAUACGUUUGAAAAGGUAUUCUCAGAUAUAAGAUCUGCAGUGAAGGAAAUGAUUCCCCGGAUGCAGGAACCAAGUGAUAUGCUUGAGGAAAAAACAGCGAAUUUUGAGUCAUCAUUGAGACAAGCGGAAAAGAUGGUCAAAGAUCAGGAUUCUCAUAACCGACGUCUGUCUGAAAGGUGCUGUGUUCUGGAAGCAGCUCUUAAUGCUAGCCAGGAAUCUCAAAUAUCCACAGACCAUUGUAGGGAACUUCUGCCGAUAGCAAAAUCAUUAGAAGACAUCUGUGUGAAGAACGAAGAAACUUUUGUGAAGGAAAUGGACCUCCUACAACAAGAGAUAGCACGCAGAGAAGAAGAUAUUAAAAAACUAAAUUUGUCAUUACAGUCCGUGAAGUCUUGCAGUAAAAAGGACAGAAACAAAUGGCAACGACAAAUUGAAACACACGAAGAACACAUUAUCAUCCUGAAGAAGAAGAAAAAAAUACUGCAAAACAGAGUGAACACAUUGAACGAAACUGUCGAGGUACUGAGACCUAAGUCUGCUGUGACCUUCGGCGUUAGUAGUGAACCCAGUCACCAACUUGAGCUGUUGAUUGAAAAAGACGCGCAAUUGAAACAAGAAUAUGAUGAGAUUCAAAAAGAACUUAAUAACCAUGACAAGCUGUUGAGCGGUCAUCAGGUGAAUAUGACGGUGGAUCAUAGGAAGCAAGCCCCACCCCCUCCUAGAAGAAAUCCAGAGACACGUCUUAGCACCAGUGACUCUCCAACAACCAGAGGACUCUCUACUUUGUCAACAGACAAGUUUGAAAACGACGAGGUUAUGCUUCGUAAACACAGUAAGUGAGCUAAUCGUGCGGUUUCUACCGAAAAUGUCACUUCACUGACAACAAAAGAGAGAAUUUUGCAAGUAUUAAAUCGCGUUUCCGGUGAGCUAUUAUACGAUGACUUUUUUCAGAUAUUUUAAAGUUAGUCAGCGGUUUCCAUAAUCCUCGUGAUGUUAUGUACUUUAUGUUAUCUCAUAAUCCUAGAAAUAUCAAUGGUACAAUGGUAUUGUAUAUUCAUAGGAGGUAUUGGGGAUUUUUUCUUACAUUUAUCUGGAGCUUGUAUGGCCUUAUUUGUACAAUCCUAAGGUAAAAAAAACUUCA